AUCCCAUGGCCACGUUUCUUGUGCCCUUGCUCUGAUCUCUCUCUGAUGCAGAGCCCCUUACUCUCUGGCAGAUUUAAUCGAGUUGAUGAUGAUUCAAAACUCCCAAAUGCACCAGGUGGUGAUGAACAGCCUGGCUGUAUCGGCACUGACAUCCUUUGGGUUCGGACCAUCCCCAGCUGCCGCCCAGGCAACAGCAGUGCCUUUGCAGACUGCAGAAGGAGAGGAGGCUGUGGUUUUCCACCAUCACUAUGUCCCCUACCCUGGUCCUGCUCAUAUGCUGGCGUGGCCAGUCCCGGUGCAGGAUCGGGGACCAGCGGCCGUGCGGUACCUGGGCAGAGGCUCGUUAGUCGAGGAUGGGGAGGUCAGUGCGGUGCCCCCCCCUCCACCCCCCAGUGCCACGGGGACCGUGGGAGGUGAUGUCCCACCAGCAUCAGAGUACUAUGACAUGGUGGAGGGGAGGCUGUGAGCUCCACGCUUCUCAAGAUGGUUUCUCCUGCACAUCUCACCCCUCAACUCCAGAAGAUCCUGCAGCUGCUGAGCAUGGGUGCUCCACGAUACCCAUAGUUUU